GACAACGAGUAAGGAAACAAUAAGACUAGUUUCUUUUCAAUUUGUAAGCUUUCUGGUUGUUGUUAUUUUAUGUCUCCUGUUCGUUCCGUUUCUUGCCUGGACGACUCAAACCUCCUCGUUUGGUUGUAUACUGUUGGCAAGCUACUAAAGGUACUUGUUCCUGUUGUUAUUAUUGUUUUGUGUACUUAGAAGGUCAGCAAUACCUUUUCCAUCCUUAUACACGUUUGAUUGCAAAAGAAAGGUUAGAAAGUCGUUCUUAGUAGACAGAAAAGAUAUCAGAACGAGAUAAAAAGAGAAGGGAACAACAUCAUUGAUCUCGACGACUCAGCAAACCAAAUUGGGGAAAUUCGGCUUCAACAAUGGCUCCAACUAUCCCCAAGACCCAGAAACAGUGGACGCUCGAGGGGAAACGGGGAAUCGAUUCGUUGACUUGGAAUGACCAAGCUCCCGUGCCUGAGGUCGGCGAGUACGAUGUCCUCGUCAAAUUCCACGCCGCCUCCCUCAACUACCGAGACCUCACGAUCCCCAUCGAAGGCGGCUACCCCUUCCCCACCACCGACAGCGUGAUCCCGGGCUCGGACGGCGCCGGCGAAAUCGUCGCCACGGGAUCCAAAGUAACCCGCUUCACCGUCGGCGACCUCGUCCUCACUCUCUUCAACCAAGAGCACCUUUCCGGAUUCCUCACGCCGCGGGCCCGCAUGACGGGUCUCGGCGGCCAGCUCGACGGCACGUUGAGGCAGUACGGCGCGUUUCACGAAUUGGGUGUUGUCAAGAUGCCAGGGAAUCUGGAUGUAAUGGAGGCGGCGACGUUGAGCUGUGCGGCGCUGACGGCGUGGAAUGCGUUGUAUGGGGUUGAGGGGAGGGCGUUGAGGCCUGGGGACUGGGUGUUGACGCAGGGGACGGGUGGGGUUAGUAUGUUUGGGCUGCAGGUAUGUUCGAUACAUCAUCCCCCCUCUUUUGCCUUUCCUGCUGUCUAUUGGGGGAGUUCUUUGUAUGUUGAUAUGGUUUCACAGUUCGCCAAAGCCGCAGGCGCAAAAGUCAUCGCGACGACAUCCUCCGCCGCCAAAGCCGAAAAGCUCAAGCAGCUGGGCGCCGACCACGUCAUCAACUACAAGACGCAGCCUCACUGGGGCGAGAUGGCGAGGGAACUGACGGGUUCGCACGAGGGUGUCGCGCACGUGAUCGAGGUCGGGGGACCGACGACGGUCGCGGAGUCGUUGGCGGCGGUGCGCAUGGAGGGCGUGAUUUCGAUUAUUGGGUAUAUUGGAGGGCAGACGGAGGUCCAGCCGACGUUUCAUGAGACGUUGGUGAGGGAUUGUAUUGUUAGGGGGAUACAGAUUGGGUCGCGAGAGCAGCUAGAGGCGAUGAAUAGGGCGGUUGAGGGGUGUGAUAUACAUCCGGUUGUGGAUGAGAAGGUGUUUAGGUUGGAGGAGUUGAAGGAGGCGUAUCAGUAUAUGUGGGAUCAGAAGCAUUUUGGGAAGCUAAGGAUUAAGAUUGAGCAUUAAGUGUUAUGAGGGUUGGGCUUGAUAGCCAUGAGACCAUGUGAUCAAUAGAGUAG